CAAUCAUUUAUACUACAAGUUACACCUUUAGUUACAAGAUACUCGUUGUAUUUGCCAGAAUGACAAUCGAUUACGAUGUUACGGCCACAACGUUCAACCUCCCUAAAGUGGAGCUUCACACUCACUUGGAUGGCGACGUCAGAGCUGAGACUAUCCUCCAUUUCGCAAACAAGAGAGGAAUAAAGCUACCGGCAAAGACAGCCGGAGAGGUUGUGGAACACAUUACAUAUGAUACGAUAGGCUCUCUGGACUUUAGCAAUUUUGACCUCGUAAAUGCAGUCGUUGGCGGCUGCAGAGAGGCACUCAAGAGGAUAGCCUAUGAGUUUGUUGAGACAAAGUUUAAGGAAGGUGUAAUCUACGUUGAAGCUCGCUAUAGCCCUCACUUUUUUGCCAACUCUAAAGUCGUUCCCAUAGUCUCUGGCCAGAUCCCAGGAGAUGUAACACCUGAGGACGCCCUUGUGGCUGUGCUUGAGGGAUUUAAAGAGGGUGAAGAAGAGUUUGGUAUCAAGGUCAGGUCCAUUCUUUGUUGCAUAGUACCUCACUCUCACUGGUGUGAUGAGGUGGUGGGACUAUGCAAGAAAUAUCGCGACAGAGGAGUCGUAGGAAUUGAUAUUGCUGGAGGAUUUCCCUUGGAAAAUGUUCUCUACUCUGACGAAGCUGUAAAGGCAUUCCAGGAGGCAGAAAAGUUUGGCAUACAUAGAACUGUGCAUGCUGACGAGGAAUACACACCAAAGCAUAUAAUGUACGCCAUUGAAGCAUUAAAAGCAGAGAGAAUAGGUCAUGGAUUGUGGGUUCUUGACGACCCAAAAGUUUAUGAAAAAGUAAAGGAAAAAGGAGUCCACUUUGAAGUCUGUCCAUGGGUCAUUUAUUUUGUAAGCAAAAGGGACUAUUUAAACAACCACCCAAUUGUAAAGUUCAAGGAGGAUGGAGUGAACUACUCGAUAAAUUCUGAUGAUUCGUUCAUGUUCCGUAAAGGUCUAAAUGGGAACUAUUCCUUCUUGGCAGAGAGGUACGGUUUUACCAUAGACGAAUUCAAGAGGACUAAUAUAAAUGCCGCAAAAGCUGCUUUUCUUCCAGAGGAUGAAAAGGAGCAACUCUUGGAGAGGCUAUACAAUGCUUAUGGAAUGUAGAGUAAUGACGAUGUUAGGCCCUUUAUAAUGACCACACUCACCUUGUAGAUGAAUGUUAUAGCCAUAAAUGUAGUUGUAUUUCCAUACUCAUACCGUGGAUGUUUUAACUCUUGUUUUUCAUG